CCAGGGAGAUAAUAUAAUCAACUCAGGUUUUUUUCAAUCUAAUGAGCAACCGACUGGAUUUCUUCUUAAUCUCCACAUCUGUGUCAAGAGAAUGUUGCCUUCUUUUGAGCCUGUCAUGAGCUGGAUGUUCCUCAGAGACCUCCUAAGUGGAGUAAAUAAAUACUCAACCGGGAUUGGGCGGAUUUGGCUGGCUGUUGUGUUCAUCUUCCGGUUGCUGGUCUACAUGGUGGCAGCAGAGCAUGUGUGGAAAGAUGAGCAGAAAGAGUUUGAGUGCAACAUUAGACAGCCUGGCUGUGAAAAUGUGUGUUUUGACUACUACUUCCCCGUCUCCCAGGUCAGACUUUGGGCCUUACAACUGAUCAUGGUCUCCACUCCUUCACUUUUGGUGGUUCUACAUGUAGCCUAUUGUGAGGGUAGAGAGAAAAGGCACAGAAAGAAACUCUAUGUCAGCCCAGGUACGAUGGAUGGGGGCCUGUGGUACACUUACCUUAUCAGCCUCAUUGUUAAAACUGGUUUUGAAAUUGGCUUCCUGGUUUUAUUUUACAAGCUGUACGAUGGCUUUAGCGUUCCUUAUCUUGUGAAGUGUGAUUUGAAGCCUUGUCCCAACACGGUGGAUUGCUUCAUCUCCAAACCCACCGAGAAAACGAUCUUCAUCUUCUUCUUGGUCAGUACCUCGUGCCUGUGCGUUAUAUUGAAUUUCAUUGAACUGAGCUUUUUGGUUCUUAAGUGUCUUAUUAAGUGCUGUCUCCAAAAAUACCCUAAAAGCCUCAAGUCCUCAGUGUGUGAGUGCCACCACCUCAGAUAUAUUGAAUGUGGUGAGACAGGGGUCCCUCCCCUACUCCAGAAUCACCAUUCAGACUUGGCCAUAAGCACACCCCAGCGAGGUGAAACAAAACUACUUUGUGACACACACAAGAGCUAAACAAAGAAAACCUACAUCCCUCCCAAGCAAGACCUAGGCUGGGUCGGAAAGCAAAGGAUGUCAGCCUUAAAGUCAUCAGGGAGGAAUUCUUAAAUUUUUCAAUAUGCGCUCAGCUGUGUACACUAGACAGAGGUCUCACUGUUUGGUUGUAGGGUUCGUGUGGCACAUGAGUUGUGUUUGAAUACUUAAUUGCAGAUUAGUCUGAAGAAACGCAACUAACAGAAUUCUUUUAGCUGCUUAGAUACGUCAACUGGAAAACACAAAAAGUGAUGCUUCUGAUAAAGGUGAGGGCCCCCAAGCUGCAACUGAGGCACUGGCGGUCUCUCCACAGUGGCAGCCAAGGCUCCAUCCCCUCAGCCCUACUCAGUCUUUGAGAGAAAGACACAGUGAGGGUGGGGGAGCAGCUAAUCCUCUGUGGGAAGGCCUGGCCAGGGGAAAGACCACAGAGCCCAGCAGUCUGCAGGUUAGGUGUCCCCGGGUAUAAGUGGACUAGAGGAGAGGGAAGAAAGCCAUCAUCCAGUGGUCUCCGAGUCUACAAGUAUUACUGGGAGAUAUGCCACUUAAGCCUGAACUAGCAGACAUCUGAAAAAGUCCCUCUCGAGUGAUGAGGGAAGGCACGUCCCACAGAAAGCAGCACCUCGACGGGGAGCUGGAGAGGAUGCAGAAAAUGCCCACUUGAUUAUUUAGCAUUUCUCUUUAACCACAGAACAUUGAAAUACUUCAUAAAUUUCCACGUUGUUGGACCUUUUUAUAAUCAGGAAUUCACAACGUAUCAUACAAUACAUCACAGUUUGCCUACAAUCUACUAGUCUCUCUCUCUCUAGGAUAGAUAAUAAAAUGUGCACUAUGCUUUUACACUGAUGCAAAAAGUAUAAAAAGUUUUUUUAUAACUUGAUUUGAAGACUAUAGCUCUUUUAUUUUCCUAUUUAAAAAAAAAGAUAUAUUCUCUUUGGAUUUAAUACUCUAACAUAUAUGCAUUUCUCCAAAAUAAAAAUGAAAUGUGAUUUGACUGUCAUUGAUAUCAUUGCCUGGCUGCACUGGGUAGAUUAUUCAGGGAAAUCAAACUUGGUUCUGACAAUUUUAGAACAGGAUUUGCAGCCCUGCUUGGUAAAGAUAGCUCAGAAAUCAUUUUUCUCUGCUGGGAAUUUUUUAACAAAGUCAGUGCCUAAAAAUGUAAUUUUAACUAAAACCAAUUAUGUCAUGUCUUCCAUGGCCUGCCCUCUGUGGCAUAAAAUGUCUCAUUAUGAUUCAUGCAUAAUGGAAGUUACUUGUGUCAUUAUGUAGUUGACAGACCACGUUGCCAAUAGUGGUCAUAAUCUGUGAUAAAGACUGUAUCCUGGACAGCAGAGGGCAAGAUGAAUUUCUGGCUUUCCCCUUCCUUCAAUUUGCACCACAGAUCACUGCUGGACUCAGGAGCUUACAUCUAGACUUUUUACAUCACAGGAGAACACCUAGCUACACAAUUGCAGGUGACCAUGUAAGGACUUACAGGAAUAAUUCUCUUUUAACAGUGGUGGGUGAUUAAAGAGGUUUAAGGUUUUUGAGGCCCUGAUCAUGGCAUGGAAUCUAGAAAGCAGAGUUUAGUGCAAGGAACUAGAGUGGAGAAGAGGGAAGUUUUCAGCCUGAGGACGUUUGCUACCAAAAAUGUUUUUGGGGAGCUCAGCCUCUUCACCUCGGUUAUGACAAGCAGCUCUGCUCAAGAGAAAAGGAUCGCUUGGUUAUGUACAUUCUUUGCUUUUCCCCUUUGUGUAGAGAGGAGAUUGAAAAGCAAUGGGAGCAAGGGCUGUGAAAACCAAGUUGUUUAGAUAGGAAGGUGAACGGUUUUUUCCCUCCUUUAAGCUUAAUUUACAAAAUAAGUUUCCUAUAAGGACAUCCUGGAGGCUGUCUUGGUGUCAGUGAAAACCUAAAGCAUUUGUCUGAGAGAAAUUGGCAGUUAAAUUUUGCCAUCUUUAUUGUUUCUCUUAUAUAUAAAUUAAUAUUUAUUGAGCAAUGAUCAACAGAAGCAAGACACUGUUCUAUGCACCUUCAGAGAUCUAAUUCCUGCCUCCAGAGAAUGUCCACAUUCAUUAAGGAGCAUGGAGGUGAAGAUGGGGCGGAGUGACUUACACCUGUCUCCUCCAUUUACAUGGCCACCUCCCUACCACCUUCUGGCGCUCAGGAAGCAGACAGUAACCUUAAAGAUGAAGAAAUCGAGAGGCCAAAAGGCAGUUUUUUCAGGGACAUACAUUUAGAGAAAGCAGACUUUACAAUCAACCAUAGGUCUUGCUUAAACCACCUGCUCACUACACCAGGCUUCUCAAAUCACUAACCAGACAGCUUCCUAGUUCCAUUCAAGCCAUUCCUGACUUGGUUAUCUGACUCCCUAGCACUUUUCCCCAGCACCUGAUCCCCUAGUCCAAGGUCCCCAAGGUUACGGACCUUACCCCUGGCCAUAGGGUUUCUUCUAAUUGGAGCUGGAGGUAAAUUUUUUUCAAGUGCUUGUACGAAAGAAUGCCUAGAGCUGCAAGUGGCUACGAUUCCAGUCUUCCCAAGGAAACUAAGCCAAUUUCCUUCAGACAGACAGACUGCAAAAAUGGCAGGAGAGACGAAAAAGGCAAAGAUCUGAGGAUGUCUGAAUUCUUCAACCCUGCUGUCCCCAACACUGGCUCCACCCCUACCCUUUCUGCUGUUUAGUUACAUGGAUAAAUUCCCCAUUUUUGCUUAAACUGGGUUUCUGUGUCUUGCAACGGAAAGGGUCCUAAUAAAACCAUGUUUUUCAUAAACCUUUUCCUGUAUAGCAGAAAAAAGAGGUAGGAUAUUUCUCUUAGCCUUUCCUUCCUAGGGAUUGAGCAUCCUAACUUUUACGUGUGUACAAAUAGAAUGUUUGUGUAAAUCGAAAAAUCGGGAAAAUGCGGA